GCCCCCGCCGUUCGCGCCACUGAACAACAGUUGUCGCGUUUGUCCCUCGUUCUUUUGUUCUGUGCGGAUUUUGUGCAGUCCUAAAGGAAGUUGACACGAUUCCGGACGUUAUGGUGAGCUCGUGUGUCGCCUUCGGCUGCACUAAUCAUGCGAAGCAGAAGCCAGGAAUCACUUUUCACGUGUUUCCGAAAGACAAGACGCUGCGUGACGCAUGGCAGCGUGCUGUUCGGAGGGAUGUCUGGGAGCCUAAGAAUGCGGACGUUCUCUGCUCGGAGCACUUUGAAGCCAACUGCUUUGACAGGACGGGCCAAACGACUGCGACCAGGGAGCAUUCCUACCAUUUUUCCUGCGUUCCCUGCGCAUCUCCAGAAACCAGCGAAAAGAAAGCGAGAGGCCCCUAAGUGUCGGACUGCGCUGUCACCUGUCGUCAGUGCUGAGGCAGCGGUUGAAAUGCCAUCUGAGCCUUCGUCGCCGACGAAGGAUUGGUACCGUUCCAAGGCAGAGGAGUCUGCACAAGAGGUUCUCCAACUAAAGAAGAAAGUUAAGACACUGCAGCAAUCCAAAAGAAACCUAAGCAAGCGGUGUGAUGCGUCAGAAAAUUUGAUCAAGGAGCUAAAAGAGAGGAACCUUUUGUCAGAAAAAGGCCUUGAGGUCUUUGAAGCAACUUUCUCGCCUGAAAUUCAACAGCUUCUUGUCCGAGCCCAUGAAAAAACAAACAAGAUGUACCCCCCAGAGCUACGUGCAUUCGCACUCACUCUGCACUACUACUCUGCGGCAGCGUAUGAGUAUGUGCGGUCGAAAUUUAACAACGCUUUGCCUUCGCAACGUACGUUGCGUUAGUGGUACAAAUCUGUAAAUUCUUGAACAAAGCGGAGCAGCUGGUAUAUUCUAUAUUUUUUGCAAUUUUAGUGUGUUGUUAUAGAGUUGCCUGAUAUAACCUGCGUUUUGGGAAUCAGGCCGUUUUCGUGUGAAUUGUUUGUUUUAUUGUAUGUGCUUUUGGAAAUUGUAUAAAGCCUUGAAUGAAUAAAAACUCAUAUACCCCUGUGUUGCUUCCA